UGCGGACUGGAUAAUUUUUGGUUUUUAAUUUUUAAAAUUUCAUAAAGUUUUCAAAAUGGUUCGGCAUGCAGAAGGUGAUGAGUACUUAUUAAAAUAUUUAUCAAACAUCGCCAAUGAUUAUAAAUGUGCUGUUGGUCUUGCCUUGGGACAGAUAAGUUUACAAAGAUACAAUAUUAUUCACUUUGCAAAAACGCCCCCGUUUCAAAGCGAACAAGAUAAAAAUGAGGAAAAACCCUUAAAAAAUCUAAAAUCCAUAGCCGAAGUUAAUGAUAGUUGGGUAGCAGAUCAUGCUAGGCAAACAACAAGAAUGUUACCAGGGGGUAUGCAGGUUUUGGGAAUUUUCGUCGUUUCUGAUGAAGAUAUUUUGAAUCCUUUCAAUUCGAAAAUUAAAUCAAUUCUAAAUCUAAUCAAUAAAACACUUUUGGCACAAAAUUACUUGUACGGAACUGGAGAUAAUGAAAAAUUAGUGCUGCAUUUCUCGCCCAAAAGCCAAAGAUAUUUAGCCAAAACUUACGACGUUGUAACUACAAAUGUACAACCUGCCGAUUUUAAAUUUUUGCAGAAAAAUAAUAAAUUGUUCAACCUACAGUGUACAUAUCAAAUUGAUCAUGUUUAUUAUUUGAAACAUGAUGAGGCAAAUGGGCCUUUAAAAAAACAUAUAAAGGUAAUUCUAGAUGAUAUCAAUAGAAAUUUAGAAUCUGGUAUCAUUGUUUUUGAUAACGAACUAAAAGACCCAGAUGAAAAGCUAGAAAACCUAAAUAAAAAGAAAAAAGUUCCUAGAGGUUCGUCCAACAAAACUGUACAAGACCCAAAUGAGACAACAAAAGCAAUAACGGUGUCGAUUUUUGAAAAAUGUGUUGCUUCAAAAUCAUCUGAUGAACUCCGAUAUUCAAAUAUUGGUGGUCAAAUUAGAAUAAUUGGCGAGGUAGUUUGUAAGCUUUGGCUUCAUUCUAAAGGCACAUUUGGUGAAGCAGUUCAAGCGGUUAAAGAAGAUAUCAUGAGAAGUUUGACAACAAGAAUGGAAAUGCAUUGGGAUUCUUUAACAGAGGAAGAAUUAGGAGAAGAUAUUACCAGUGUUCAUGAGCCUCCAAGAAGAGUUCUAAUAGCAUUGCCAGAAAAUAAUGUCACUGUAUCAGAUUACUUGUUUCCUGGUGAGGGUCCAGAAGAUGCAAAAGCUUCAUUAGAAGAACUUUUAGAUAUUAAAGCAGAUAACCAUUUGGUGUUUUUGGACUUAGAAGGACAAGCAGAUAUAACACAGUACUACAGAGACACCACUCAAGCCAAAACUGAUGAUAGCGAAGACUUUCUGCCCACACUAAGGUCAGAUUCAAAUAAAUUAUUGUACAUAUUAGGAUUGGGUUUUGCCAUAUUUGUACUUGUUAUUUCAAUAAUUGUUCAUUUUUACACAAAGGCUUAAUGUUAAUUUAUAGGCAGGUUAAUGUUGAUUGUUUUAAGAGGUAAUUGUAAAUGUUUUUAUUUUUCUAUUUUGUUUAAAUCAAAAGUUAACAAAAAACAUAUGUGAAAUAAUAUUUUUAAUAAACGUUGUAAUGAAAUUUUUUGUUUCCAUAUAUAGUUUUUGAAAUUUUGAAAGGCACUUGAAACUGAGUUUAAAAUUGAACAAAAGUGUAUUUAUUGAAAAAUUGGCAUUACAAAAAAAAAAAAAACAUAAGCAUAUAAUUGAUAUUUCAUCUUGUAAUUAUUACUAAUUAAACUUGCAUUUGGAAAAGUCCAUUUCCGGAUGU